UGUGUGUGUGUGUGUGUGUGUGUGUGUGUGUGUGUGUGUGUGUGUGUGUGUGGGGCCCUGUUCUCCCUGCUUUGUCUGAACCCCCUAUAGUUUAGCAGUUUUUGUAUGAACCCUGUUGCAGUACGUUGAAUGUGUUUAGGUGAAGGUGUCUGUUGCUGCAGUUCCUCACGAAGUGAUACCAGUAAGUGAGGUGUCGCCCCCCCAGUGUCACUCCCCGCAGCACCGCUGCUGCCUGUCUCUCUGUUCCUUGCUGGCAAUACUGCGGCCGCUCCUGUUCCCCCCCACUGCUUCCUGUCGCCAUAGCAGCGCUGGAGCUGGAGCUGCACGUGGUGACUGAGUGAAGCCCUCAGUCGUCGCUAACAGAACCGCCCUCCUUCAUCGCUGAGCAAAGGGAUGUGCAGAGAGGAGCAGCGAUGGGUUUCCAUCGUCCCUCUCGUUUGCUUGCUCGCUCCUCCCUUCCUUCUCCCCGCCUUCGAUGCAGUGCGUUAAAAAAAAAGUCCAGCGCGUGUGGGAUCCCGACCCCCUCCUGCCUGCGUCACCCCAGGUCCCGGCUGCCAGACUGCAGCUGCGUGUCUGCGUUUCCACAAGGGUUCAGAUGCUUGUAAAAUCCAUGGCUGAGGAGGACAUGGUACUUUUACUGUGGUACAGACACUUGCAUGUGAGUAUAAAAUGCACUGAAGGGUCCCUGUGGCAGGUGAUCGCUGUCCCAUGUGAGCACAGAGAUUUGGGGGGAAAUUGUCUUGUGAUAUUGACACUUAUUAAUUUCUCAGAUACUUUUUAAUGAGCUGAAAAGGAUCAGAAAACAAAUAUUUGUCAGCAGACAAAACUGUGGAAACGAAGUGCCGACCGUGCAACAACUUUUAAAUGAUUUAAUCACACUCUCACGCACACACAAGCCUGGCACUGUCAAGGGCCGGAGGUUUUGAGACCCUUUUGAAAGACUGUGGGACUCUGCAGUCCUGAGGGGGGAAGGGAUUUUUUCUGCUGUAUCAGCCAAUGUUUUACAGUAUUGAUCAUUGGCUGAUUUUGCCCCCCCACCCCCUUGCCCCCCCUGCAGGCACAAGGCCCUCCUUAAGUGCUGAUGGGAUGGACAGGAUGAAGGUGCUCAAGCGGCGGCUGUCCAUGAAGCUUCGUGGCGCCGGGCAAUCGGACGAGCCGCUGGACGAGCGGGAGGAGCCGGCUCUUCCCGAGGAGCCUCUUGUUCCCCGCACACAGGAUGUGCUGGCUGACCCCGCCCUUCACCCUGCCCUUCGCUCCGCCCUCCACCAGGCCUCCCACAGUGCACCUUCCUUCCUGCGCCAGUAUGCAGGACAGCUGGGCCGCACUGGCCUGCGCCGGGACCCCAGGGGUGCACUGGAGCGCCCCCACUUGGCGCUGCACAGGACCGGAUCUCUCGGUGUCGUCCAUGAGAACAGCAGGGUCACUGCGAUGGGUGCUGACGGGGAGAGUGACCAGGCAUCUGCCGCUUCCUCUGAUGAAGCCCAGAGUCCAGUCCGGGUGCGACUAAGGAAUGGAAACCACCGGCGCAUCACAGAGGAUAUCAACAAGCGCCUCUCCCUGCCGGCGGACAUCCGGCUGCCUGAGGGAUACCUCGAGAAGUUUGCCAUGAGCGGCCCUCCUUUCGCCAGGCCCAUGAGCCGUCGCCUGCGCCGCGUCUCCCUGUCCGAGAUCGGUUUCGGGAAGCUGGAGACCUACGUCAAGCUGGACAAAGUGGGCGAGGGCACCUACGCCACCGUAUAUAAGGGCCGCAGCAAACUCACCGACAACCUGGUGGCUCUCAAAGAAAUACGGCUGGAGCACGAGGAGGGAGCCCCCUGCACCGCGAUCCGGGAGGUGUCGCUCCUGAAGGACCUGAAACACGCCAACAUCGUCACCCUCCACGAUAUCAUUCACACGGACAAGUGUCUGACGCUGGUCUUCGAGUACCUGGAACAGGACCUGAAACAGUACAUGGACGACUGUGGGAACAUGCUAGAUGUGCACAAUGUCAAGAUCUUCCUGUUCCAGCUGCUGCGGGGCCUCGCCUACUGUCACCAGAGGAAGGUGCUGCACCGGGACCUCAAACCCCAGAAUCUGCUCAUCAACCACAAAGGGGAGCUCAAGCUGGCCGACUUUGGCCUGGCGCGCGCCAAAUCGGUCCCCACCAAGACGUACUCCAACGAGGUUGUGACACUGUGGUACCGCCCCCCCGACGUUCUGCUGGGCUCCACGGACUACUCCACACCCAUCGAUAUGUGGGGUGUGGGGUGUAUAUUCUACGAGAUGAUAACAGGAAGACCAAUGUUCCCUGGAUCUACGGUGGAAGAUCAGCUUCACUUAAUAUUCCGUAUCCUUGGUUCCCCUACAGAACUGACCUGGCCAGGAAUCAGCCGCUGUGAGGAACUAAAAGCAUACAGGUUCCCUCAUUACACUGCAGAGCCCCUGGUCCACCACGCCCCCAGGAUUAACAGCGAGGGGAUCGACCUCCUGUCCCAGCUCCUCCAGUUCUCGGUGAAGAGCCGCAUCUCGGCCGAAGGAGGCCUGCAACACCCCUACUUCUGCAGCCUGGGAAAGGAGGUGCAGACGCUGCCUGACACUGCCUCCAUUUUUUCAGUGAAGAACAUUCAGCUCCGCAGGGACCCGGGGAGGAAGCGUCCAGUGCGCCGCUCUCAGGCAGCGGACUCUGCGGUGGGCCCCGUGCCGUGGGAGUAUGUCCAGAGAGGGGGCUCGAGAGUGGGAAGUCCACCCUACAUCACUGCCUCCUCUUCCACAAGCUGAAAAGGCUCCGCCCACUCUGGCCAGGCGCGGAGCCAUCGGCAGAGUGUGCUACUGUUGGGGUGAACUGGGACUGCACCCCCACCCCAAGUCAAUGCGCGAGGAAGAGGGAAGGAGCCGCAGCUGCAGAUGCCCCGUCCCUCGAGGAAUUAUGUUUGUUCCGCAUUCAUCCAUCUACGCAAUCAGUCGCUCAUGGGAAUCUUGAUUUGUGGACGUGGAGCCGCUGCACGGGAUCAUUUCACGUGGGUGUCCAUGCAGAGUCUUCCAGAGGUUUGAGUCACAACUAAUGAACAAGGAGAGGGAAGCAAAUGCUGGUGCUCACAGUGCUCAGGAGGAACUGUGUGUGUGUGUGUGUGUGUGUGUGUGUGUGUGUGUGUGUGUGUGUGUGUGUGUGUGUGUGUGUGUACCUCGUCCUUAUGGCUCUCAGUGUGUGCGCCCGUGUGGUUCUCUAAUCCUCAAAGGUCACACACAAACUUGUCCCCCUCCCAAGUGUCCUCGGCUCUUCAGCAGGGCUUCCAAUCUCCAGCCGUAAAUCAGCGCACCUGUUCCCUCGCACCUGGAGCCUUCGCUCAGUGGCGAAUGGGGAGGGGUGGCACUCUCGGAAACACAGGUCAUGGAGAGGUCACACAGAGGUCGUCCACCAACAUGCCGUACUGUUGGCACCACUUUUACCAUGUUCUGGUGCGCUGUGGUGGAGGAAUGAGUCGGGAUCCAGCUUCACUGAGUGGAAGACAUUUCUCCAGGGCACUCAAUAUUUGGACCUUUUUCUGCUAUGCAGUGGAGUUUUUUGGUCCUCUGGAGUGCAUUCAGUGUCAUAAGUUAUUACUUUUGCUUUCCUUCUGACACCGGUGCACCUUAAACUUGUGUUCCAAACCUUUUCCCUCAUGCGCCCUACUGAGACUCCAUUUAUACACGGUAAUUACGGACUCCGUAUAUAACUUUCAUAAGAGCUAAGCAGCAGCCAAAUAUUGCACAUGUGACUUUUAUGAGAAAUAAAAAAGCUUGAGUGCGCUGGUGUGGUCAAAGCGACGUGGCCCCUGUUGAGCACCUGCUGUGCUUCAUACUGCGCUAGUACCUUCGCCUUCCUAUGCUGCUUGGCAGAAGGCUGAUGUAGAAUUACACUAAUAGCGGUAUCACUGUCUUAUAACGCUAGUGCGAGAAGUAUAGCUGUGACUGGACACAAGAUCCCUUAACGCCGUGUGAGCCAAGCGUACACUGCAGUGCAGCAUGCCGCUAGAAGCAGUGUUUGCAACAUUAUCAGCUCUCACAGGUCGUCUGAUCGCCACUCUUCUGGAAGCAUUUUGAUAUUCUCAUACUUUUUUGUAGUUAUGUACUCUUGUACUUAUACACUAAAUCACCGCUUUGCUUGCAUGUCACUUCAAAGGCACUAAUCUGAGAUCAGUGGUGAACCCAGCACUUCCAAAGCUCAGGAACUGGUUUUUCUGUUGUAAUCUGUGCAUUUAUUGUUCUGAAUCCAUGACAUCAUUUCCGUUUGUUUGUGAGAAAAGGACGAGUUGUGAGUAGACCUUGAGAAUAUAGUAAAACUGUUAGGUUUGACAUGGCAGGAUUAGGUCCUGUCUGGAUAUUUUACAACGCCAGGUUACCUCAGAAAAACAAAAUAUGCAGAACUGACAAUGUGAGCUGAAUGAAAUCCACUCUGCUGAAAUGUGUAGGGCUGAACUCCUUAUGCCAUGUCAGACAGUGAACUGCCUGGCUGAAGAAAAACUUGAAUCGCUUUGAGUUGAAUAACCGACUUUUGGGUCCAACACCAGGAAGCGUCUUGAAUCUCGCACUUUAAGUCCAGUCCACUAGUCGUAAUGACUCAUCUUAAAAAGUACAACAGCCUAUCGUGUAGCGAACAGUGGAGUUGUGUAUUUUCAAAGAUGGAAGCAUUUUCCAGUUUAUUUUUGACUGCAUAUUUGUCACUUAUCUGUCUUCUAAAUGUUCUGUUUACGAAGGGAAACCAGCGUAUGAUGCAACCUGUGUUUACCCUCCGUGCCGAUAGAUGGCAGUAAAGAGGCCCUUAUGCAAUACGAGGGUGGGUCAAAUGGCAAUAAAAAACAUCGAAGCAGAGCAGUGUGGGACCCCCUGAGUGCAACCCACUUCCCAAGUGCAUACAUCUCGUGGGAGAACCCUAAUGCUGUCCCUAACCCUGAGUUGUAGUGAUCAAGAUGAGAGGCGUUGGAGACAGAGUAUUUUUAUUUCUGCUCAUUUUACAUAGUUUUCAUGUAAUGAAGCCUGGAGUAAAUGGUUCCAAGCCAUUUAUUCCAAGUUUCAUUAAAUGAAAACUAUUUUAAAAUUUAUUACAGCUAAAUGAGAGAUUUCUGCAAAAUCUAACCUGCAUAUAAAUGGAGGAUUGUGUAUUUUUAAGGUGUCAUUGAUUGUGACUGGGUGGUUAAUUUGAUUCUGGAGUUCCGACUGAAACGAGUUAGAAACAGACUUCCGGGCUCAGUAACGUUUGUCAGUUGAGGAGUUGGCAGCGUGCUGAGUGCCUGGCAUUCUGCUGCUUCUUUCCCCACCAGUUUCUGUGUGACGUUACCUUGAUUUUAGGGCCCCAUGGCGU